AUGUCUGACAACGGAGAAAUCGAGGUCGAGAACCCCACCGGUAUCAACAUCCUUCCCAAGGAUGUCACCGACGAGCAGGGCAGCGUUAAGCUGUUCAACAAGUGGUCCUACGAGGAGGUCGAGGUCCGCGACAUCUCAUUGACCGACUACAUCCAGAUCCGCUCACCUGUCUACAUCUCACACUCCGCCGGCCGAUAUGCCGUCAAGCGGUUCAGGAAGGCCCAGUGCCCCAUCAUUGAGCGUCUCACCAACUCGCUCAUGAUGAACGGCCGCAACAACGGAAAGAAGCUCAUGGCUGUCCGUAUCGUUGCUCACGCUUUCGAGAUCAUCCACAUCAUGACCGACCAGAACCCCAUCCAGGUCGCCGUCGAUGCCAUCGUCAACUGCGGUCCCCGUGAAGACUCCACCCGUAUCGGUUCCGCCGGUACCGUCCGUCGCCAGGCCGUCGAUGUUUCUCCCCUCCGCCGUGUCAACCAGGGUAUCUCCCUCCUCACCAUCGGUGCCCGUGAGGCCUCUUUCCGCAACGUCAAGAGCAUUGCCGAGUGCCUUGCUGAGGAGCUGAUCAACGCUGCCAAGGGAAGCAGCAACUCGUACGCCAUCAAGAAGAAGGAUGAGCUCGAGCGUGUCGCCAAGUCCAACCGAUAA